UUUGAGGAUAAAAAGAUAGAAAAGUGGAGGAAUGAAACCCAUCUCUCCUUCUCUCUCCAACCUGCUACCUCGGUCUGUCUUCUCUCACUGGAGAAUAAUACGUACAUUAGCAAAGUGUUAAAUUUACUCCAGGUUUCUCAUCAUUAUCCUGUCAUAUCAUCUUACCAGUUCAGUGUCCCUGAAGUGGGUGUGUCUUGUUACUGUCAAUGUGACCACGCCCCCUGCCAACUGAGUAGAUGUCCCACCUGCUACACCUUCUCAAGUAUCAACCCUGGGUGCCACGCCUCCAGGCACACCCCCUCCAGUACCUGUUGUACACUCAGGUUAACUCCCUCUGCUCCGAGUACUGCUGUACAGCUGGGAGUACCUACAGUGAGACUGGAGUACUCAAUAGAGGAGUUCUCAGCUCUAGGAGGAGAGAGAACACACUCAACAACAUUCAAAACUAUUGGAAACCAUGUCAGGAUCAAACAUCUAGUUUCAGAUACUGAGGAAAUGUUAGUUUAUAGUUCGGUCGAAUCUGAACCAACCUUCUCUCCAGGAUCCUGGUUUAUACUUGAUACAGAGAACAAACUCAGGAUGGUAGAUCUUAACUCCGAGAGAGGUGAGAAUACCGCUCUGCCAGGUUGGCUAAAGUAUAAGGACGGAAUUAUCUCCAACCCUGCUCCUGGAGUACUACACCGAGGAAUACAUAUCCGAACCCUGGAUUGCGAGAGACAGGAGUUUGUUGCUGAAACUAAAGGAAUUAAUACUGAGCUGGAGUUAGGGUCUCCAACAAAUCUUAUUUUCAAAGGAGGAGAUCAUUCUGUCGUUGAGGAAACUAGAUCUGGAGACAGGGUUAAGUUCUCUCUAGUUCUCAGAGAAGGAUCAGGGAUAGAAUCAACCCUGUUCCAGAACCAGAGCUAUAUCCGCAGCUGGGAUGGAGAAGUUCAAAUCAACUCGGAGUCAGUCAUCACUUUAAUCUUAAACUUUCAGCAUUCGUGCGGAGUAUUUUUAGGAACCUUUGAUUCCUUGGUUUUCUCCGUCCUUGUCUCUCCCUGCAGGGCCCAGAGUAAUGAAACUGUCCUGCUUCCUCCUGGAGCAGAUCUAGGAUCUAGGACUGUUUGUUUAGAGUGGGAUCAGGGCAAGGAAUGCAAGGUGGUUGAGGUUCGAAGGUUCCGGAGAAGGACGGAUAGAACUUUAUCCUCCAGUAGUCCUGUUGAUACAAUACCAGUUGUCUGGAAAGAGAGCAAUGAUAAACUACAAAGUGUUCUUGAAUCUGAUUGGUACGCUGCACUGUUAGGUCUACCUAGAUCUGUUGUUAUUGUUCUUCAACUAAUCGGAGGAGUUCUCCUUCUACUUCUUCUUGUUAAGAUGAUAAUCUGUAUUUUGCCAAAAUGUAAAAAAUAAAAAACUUUUUUGAA